AAAGGAAAGGGUUAAACCAGGUAGGAAUGCACAACCAGAGCCAGAGCCAGAGCAAGCACUCGUCUGCAGCCAACAUGAGCAACACCGACAUGAACAUGAGGGGCAAGAUCGUCUUCUACGAGGACAGGAACUUCAUGGGCCGGUCCUAUGAGUGCAUGGGCGACUGCGCCGACAUGCACUCCUACAUGAGCCGGUGCCACUCCUGCAGGGUGGAGAGCGGCUGCUUCAUGGUCUACGACCGGCCCAACUACAUGGGGAACCAGUACUUCUUCCGCCGGGGCGAGUACGGCGACUACAUGAACAUGAUGGGCUGGAACAACUGCAUCCGCUCCUGUCGCAUGAUCUCCAUGUACCGGGGAUCCUACAGGAUGAGGAUCUACGAGAGGGAGAACUUCGGAGGCCAUAUGCAUGAGUGCAUGGACGACUGCGACUCCUUCAUGGAUCGCUACCACAUGUCCGACUGCAUGUCCUGCCACGUGAUGGACGGCCACUGGCUGAUGUACGAGUACCCCCACUACAGAGGCAGGAUGAUGUACAUGAGGCCCGGGGAGUACCGCAGCUUCAGGGAGAUGGGCUACGGAGGCAUGAGGUUCAUGAGCAUGAGGAGGAUCAUGGACUCCUGGUACUAAAUGUUUCAUCUGAAAUACCGCUGGAAUAAAAUACCCUGAGCAGCUCA